CACAUACACACGCUUGUGUAGCUCGAGCAUCACUGGAGGUGGCGUCAGCGGAGACGGUUGUUACGGAGGGUGACGGGGCUUUGACUUUGGCUGCUUCGUGCCGUCUUUCUGUGAGCGCGGAGCCGGAGGAUGGAGCAGGUGGAACCAAAGCAGUAAGCGGGGUCAGCGCGAGAGGAUGCGAACGGGAGGCAGGGGCUACCUAUAAACCAGGAGUAGAUGAUGCCUAUUUGCCGCAGGCCCCGCCAUCGUGAAAUUAUAUACCGACUUGCGGCGGAUGGGGUGACCGAGCUCCCUGCUCCGCCGGGGAGGUCCCUGCCUUCGGAGGUUACCGGGGAGGGAGCUGCCUGUGCCCCGUUCUGAGGAAGGGAAGGAGUGGCAGGAAAGAAAAUGCAGACGGAGGAGGAGACGGCCGCCGCAGAAGAGCCCAUUUUGGAGGAAGGGUCGGGAAGAGAGCAGCAACGGCCAGUCCAACAGUCUCUGGCCUCUUCCCUUUGUCGGGAGUCCCACUGGAAGUGCCUCCUCCUGACCCUCCUCAUGUACGGCUGUUUUGCCACGCUGGCCUGGUGCGCUCUCUGUCGCGUACCCGUUCUGGGCUCCUCCUCCGUAUCUGCUGACGGCACCUCGGCGGCCUAUUACAUCCAGCAUUUGGAAAGUCCGUGUUCUAGUGGUUACGUGUACAUCCCACUGGCCUUCCUGGCCAUGCUGUAUGUGGUUUACCUGGUGGAGUGUUGGCACUGCUUCUCCAAGACGGCCAUGUUGGCUCAUGCUGAAUUCCAGGAAGUAUACGAGCGUGUGCAGAGACUUCAGCAGGCCACACCCUGUAUUUGGUGGAAGGCCAUCAGCUAUCACUAUGUGAGGAGGACCAGACAGGUGACAAGAUACCGCAAUGGAGAUGCAUAUACGACCACACAGGUCUACCAUGAGCGGGUGAACACUCAUGCCUCAAGUUCUGAGUUUGACUACGCCCGCUAUGGUGUCAAAGACGUGUCAAAGGAGCUGUUGGACCUGCAGCAACACCCUGCUGUUCGCCUGCGUUUCACAAAGUGUUUCAGCUUUUCAAGUGCACGUGCUGAAGCUGCCUACCUCACCCAGCGAGCACGCUUCUUUGGGGAGAACGAGGGGCUUGAUGACUACAUGGAGGCCAGGGAGGGAAUGCACCUUAAAAACGUGGAUUUCCGCGAACACAUCCUAGCAUUCUCCGAUCCGGCUCACCAGCCGUGGUUCUCCAGGCACAAGGUGUUCUGGCUGGCUUCAGCUUUCCUCCUGUCGUGGCCGCUGCGAGUUGUGUCGGAAUACCGCACAGCGUAUGUCCACUACCACGUGGAGAAGCUGUUCGGGGAGGACGAGGAUACCGUUGGGGGAGUCGGCGGAGGAGGGCCAGGCGGAGGUGGAAGAGGGGACGGGGUUGAAGGAGGGACUGAGAAUGGAAUCCACCCGGGAGGAAUUUCGAUUGGCAUUGGUGUGAAUGGGACAAGCUACAGAGCCAUCUCUCGUGUCAACACGGUGGACAUGACAGAAUUGGAGUGGCACAUUCGCUGUAACCAACAGAUGGUCCCGAGCUACUCUGAAGCCCUCCUUAUGGACUUAGAAACGAGUGGGGGGACAAACCCUACAGCCUCCACACCUAUCUCUGGGCCUCAAGGCAUCACUCCCAGCCAGGGGACCAACCCCCCUCCUCUGGCUUUGCCUGUGGUGUUCAACUCGGCUUACCUCCUUCAGAGCUGCCCCCGAUGCCGGCGGACCACAUCGAGUGCCAGUCUUCCAUCCAGGCUAAGGGCUUCAAUGGGAACCACAGCCCUCCUGAACGCUACAGUGGCAGGGAUCAGAGCAGCAGGGCAAGGAGGUGGGGGUAUGGGAGGGAGACUGGUGCUCAGUCGGAGCGGGUUCUCUCUCGGGAGACUUGGAGGUGGGCGCCAGAACAGCCUGUUUCAUUCAAGAAGCAUGGGGGGUGGGCUGGGAGGAAGUAGGGAAGAUGGAGGAGGAGGAGGGGUAAGUGGCGGAGGGGGUGGAGGUGGUGGAGGAUUCCUUGGGUUAGGUUCAAGACAGAACAACGAGGAGACCAGAGGAGUGCUUGAAGGGGAAGGUGACGAUGACGAGGAAGAAGAGCAGGAGCAGACGAGGAGGGAAGAUAGAGGAAGAGGAAGGAGAGAGAGGGAUGAGGAGGCAGAGCAAGACAACGCAGGGGGAGGAGAGGCGAGAGAGGGUGAGAGGGAUCGGCCUCCAUCCUAUCAGGAUGCGUUCUUCUUCCCCGUCCUCAUUAUACACGGCGAGGAGAGCUGCCAUGCCGGAGACGACAUGUGAUGAAGAGAAAAAUAAAAACACUGAGAGCGAGAAUGUACAGGCUGAGGGAGAUGAAAGAAGAGAGGAAGGAUGCAUAGAGAGAAGAAAGGAUUCAGACAGAACACAGUGAGAGAGGUAAGAAAGACAAAACAGGAGAGAUGUAGGGAAAAGAGAAGAUACUGUCAGAGGAACUGGGAAAGCAAACGGAGGAGAUAUGACAAAUACAGUGCAUACUGUAAAAAGUCAGUAAACCCACUAGAUCAGAAGAAGAGAGCUGCUAGAGAGUGCAGCAGCGAGGUGAGAUAGAGUCUAAGAAAAGGAGCAAGGGCAAGAAAAUCUUUGCAAUUUUAGGUGACGGAUUGGAUAAUUUGGAAGACUGCAAAGUUAGAAAUGUCUAUCUUCAGCUAUAUCGGAGCAGGAGCAGGAGUGGGAGGGGUAACAAGUCUAAAGAUAGCAGCUUGGAGAGGCAGUGGAGAGACACCAAACCAGCUGAGAGGUAGUGGAGUUUGUUGUUGUCUAAUCUUUCUUUAACACAAAUGAAAGACUACAAAAAGGGAAUUUAAAGAAUAAUAUAUAGAGAGAGGAACUGAGAAUCGGGCCAAUUUAAAGAAUCAAAAUUGAUAAGAGGUUAUAAAUAAUUCAGAUGUGGGAAUAAAUAGAUCGUGUAAAAUACAGCGUAGUAAAGUAGAGCAAAAGACAUCAGCAUGCAGGACACGCAGGCUAAGAAGAAUCCAAAAUGGACACAGACCAGAUUACCCUAAAUCUCAUUUUUCCAUUUGACAGAUUCUUAAAAGCUAGAAAAUAAAAUUAUCCAAAAGAUAAUCACAAAAGGAGGAGGACUGAUCUCAGACACAACAACCUCUGAACAACAAUCCUGACCUUGAAUCUAAUCAGGAAAUCCAAAUAUUAUUCAAACAGGUGAGAAGAUUCAGUCAGAUUCAGCAUUAUGACCUCACACGGCACCUCUAACAGAAGGCAGUAACAAUAAAAGAGGAGAAGCAUUGAUUUCCUCCCCGUCUCGUCAUGCUGUAUUACGUCUUAUUUCACCAUUAGCUUCCCCACCACUCUAUCCAUUACUGUUAUAGAGCCGAUAGGAAAAAAAACUCCAUAAAAGUAGAGCAGUCGCUUCCUCUACUUCUCAGCGCUGCCCUGCCCGUCUUCUCCCCUCUGUCCAUUUUAUCACAUGUCCUGUCUUUCUUCUUUCUAUUGCUAAAAAACUAGUGAGGAGCAUCAUAUAUUUGGAAGAAGCAAACGUUGCAUUAACACAGUGAACUCCCCCAUCCUCUCACCCCACUCCAUCCUUCUGCUCCUCCUUUUAUUUCUUUUUUUCAAGCGGUUGAUAUAUGACACCCUCCUCGCUCCUGUAGGCGAUGAGAUCGCAUUUUCACAUAUCACAUCUCCCCGAGGCUGAGGUUUCCUCUCAGUGACCAUAUUUUAUAAACUGGAUUUUCCCCCCACUUGUGUAACGUUAUUGUGACCUUUACGCCUGUGCAUUUGAAAGGGGAAAAAGCAAAUUAUGUGGGCACCGUGAUAUAAGUGACUUCACCGAAAAAGUAACAGCUGAAAGGUUUGAUUCUCACAUGAGCUUUAAAUUUCCCCAGUGAUGCCAGUGUAGUUGUGCUAUAGAUUAACACAUUUGUUCCCAAAGAUAGGCCUGCAUGCUACUAAGAAAACGCAAUAACCCCAAAACCCUCCUCCUUAUCAAUAUACUAUGUAGUACUACAUGUGGUUAGGCAUGGAAAAUGACCUCUUUAUCUCAUUUAUGUCCAUAAGAUUGGACUGCAUGGGAAGUAACACUUACAGUAAGCAGCAAUCAGAGAUUUAAUUGCUUCCUUUUUUAUCACACAGACAACAAAAUUGCGAAUGAGGAAAUACAGUAUGAGGUUAACUCCCACUAACGAUCUGUCAUUAUCAGCCCUGUGAAAGAACUGUGGCCCUAACUCUGCUACCUCCUACUCUCUGAGAAUCAUCUGCAAAUAAGAAACAGUGCUCUCUGAAAAACAUCGCCUCAGCAUAAAAUGUGUAAACGUUUGCUGGCAUAGAGAUGCAUGUUAGCUACUAAUAGCUGUGUAGCAAAUAUGGCUAUCGUUGCAAAACGCAGUGCCAAAAAGUAGCGAUCGAUGAACAAUCUGCACCGAUUCAGAUAUUUUAGACGUAUGUAGACAAGGGCAUGGAUAGCUGUGUCCUACUUCCUGCGUUGUCACGUCUCAGCCCAGGAGAGGCAAUCGGCACAGACGGUGAGACCUU